AUGGGUGAAAAAGACUUAAAAAAUCCAAACUUCCAGAAAGCAAGCCAAAAUAGCCUCAUUCAAAGCAGACCUAUAAGCAGUAAUAACACAAGCGAAAAUAUAAAGGUUAUUGAAGUACUCCAAAAAAAGCAGUUUAUAAGAAAAGAAUUUUUAGUUGGAGAGCCAGUAUUAGACUGCACACCUCAACAUCGUAAAAGAAACCUAUUUCAAGCAAUCACAGAGUUUUCCUCAGCAGAUUUAAGCAUAAGUUUUAAAGACUUAUAUGACCAGAAAAUAAUGCCCUCAAAAUUUUUAGCAACGCCUAUUCCGGUUAUUAGAAAUCUGACCCAAAAAGUUUAUGAAAAAUCAAAGCCAAUUCCAUUUCCCUUAAACCUUUCUUUUAUAGAGAAGUCUAAGAAAAGAAAUGAAAUUACUGAAGAAAAGCUAACUCCACCUCUGCAAACUAACUCUCUAGCAGAGAGCAAUUAUUGUUCCUUACUCCCCCCCCCCUCCAUGAGUGAACAAAAAAAUUUUGUUCACUCACGGAGGGGGGUUAUUUUUUUUUUUUCCAUAAAAAAUUUUUGUAUUAAAAAAAUUUUUGUUCACUCACGGAGGGUGGGUUUUUGGGCAAAAAAUGGCGAUUUUUCUAAUGGUUUUGUUCACUCACGGAGGGGGGGGAGUUAGACUUUUUGGAAACAAUUAUACUGCCCAUACUGAUGCCCAAUUUCGUAUUUUCCAAGUCUGAGAUACAAGCUGGCCCUCCAGUAUGGACAGUAUACUUAUGCUCAAGGGAAUUAUCCAAAAAAUAAUUAGAGUAAAAAUUGUAUAAAAUUUAUGUUUUAGAAUGUAGCUGUUUAAGGCCCAGUCCUUUGGAUGUUUUAGAGGCUUAAGGUUUAGGGUUUCACUGCUCAGCAUCUAGAGCAAAUGAACUUUCGGAGAAACACUCGGAGGAGCUAUACUAAAUUUCUGGGGAUAGCGCGGAAUACGCUAUCCCCAGGACCAACCGGGAUCGGAUCCACACAUGGAACGGGGUUCCAUGUGUGGAUCCAUUUUUUGACAUGUGAGAUAUUUACUUUCACGUGUCAAAAAUGGAUCCACACAUGGAACCCUCGUUCCAUGUGGGAUCCGAUCCCGGUUGGUCCUGGGGAUAGCGUAUUCCGCGCUAUCCCCAGGAAUUUUCUAUAGGUUGCUCACGGCAGCAAAGCGCUGAGUUAGGAAUGCUGUCGAGUAGGAGCAUGAAGAAAUCUCUACCCAUUUGGCUUUCCAUUUUAUUUAAAAAACUUUUGACUGGCUCAUUGAGGAUUAUUUUUUAAAAAAAUAGCAUUUUUCUAAUGUUUUUGCUUUUACGAGGAAAUAAGAAAAUUAAAUUCAUUUAAUUCAAAGCCGAAAAAAUUAUCAAAGUCAUCUAUAGACCUUUUUCAGAAAAAUUCGAUUAAAAACCCUCCUUUGAAAGUUUGCGAGAAUGUCACAAAAAUCUGUAGUAACCUACUUAAGCAAAAUAAACGUUGUAAAAGCGUUGUGUUGAAAAAAACAAAGCAGCUAUACAAAGGACUUAUAAAAUGCGAAGAAUUCGCAGAAAAAAUAAACAAAAGCAAUCAGCGUGCUAAUUUUUAUUUUUUGCAUCAUAAAAAUAUUCAUGAUGAAAUUACAAAUUCAUUGCUAAAAAUUAAACUGGCCUAG